AACGGAAUUUAUAGCACAGUCGGCCUCUCACCAGGACAAACAGGCGCGAUGGAGCCGGGGCAGAGUCUCUCUGUGUGUGUCCUGCUGGUUCUUUGCGGGACGUGGAGCGCAAGCGGGGGGAACAUUUUGGUGUGGUACACCGACGGCAGCCACUGGAUCAACAUGAAGCCUCUGCUGGAGACGCUUGUCGACAGGGGACACCAGGUGACGGUUCUGGUCCCGAGCACGUCCAUGUUCAUGAGCACCGAGGAGCCUUCUCGCUUCGGCUACGAGCCCUUCAACGUCUCCGUUUCUAAGGAGACCAUGCAGAAGUUCAUCAAAGGCGUCCUUCAGUUCUCCAUGUAUGAGCUGGAUCACACUAGCUACGUACAGAUGUACAUCAGAUUGAUGAGUUUGUUACAGGAGCGGGUGAAGUAUGCUUUGAUCUAUUUGGACGGCGUGGUGAAAUCUGAACCCAUCAUGAAGAAGCUAAAGGAGGGAAAGUACAACCUUCUCCUGGCUGACCCCCUCUUCCACGGUGGUGACUUAGUAGCAGAUAUUUUGGGCAUCCCCCUGGUCUUCUCCUUAAGGUUUUCUCUUGCCCAUCACUGGGAAAGACACUGCGGUCAGCUCCCUGCUCCUCCUUCCUUCGUACCGGGCGCCAUGAGCAAACUCACCGACAAGAUGGACUUCUCUGAGAGAGUGUGGAACUUCCUCUUCUACGCGCUGCAGGACAUCGUGAUCGAUCAUGUAUCCUGGAAAGUACUGGACAAAUAUUACUCCGAAGUCAAAGGAACACCCACCAGUGCCUGUGAGACGAUGGGCCGGGCAGAUAUCUGGUUGAUGCGAACCUACUGGGAUUUUGAUUUCCCUCGUCCUUCCCUCCCUAACUUCAAAUUUGUUGGUGGAAUUCACUGCAGACCGGCCAAACCUCUGCUAGAGGAUAUGGAGGAGUUUGUGCAGAGUUCUGGAGAUGCUGGCAUCGUGGUCUUUUCUUUGGGAUCAUUAAUCAGCAACAUCACUACAGAGAAAGCAAACAUGAUAGCCUCAGACCUCGCCCAGAUCCCACAAAAGGUGCUUUGGAAACACAGCGGAGAAGCUCCAGUGACUCUGGGUGCCAACACUAGAAUCUACAACUGGAUCCCACAGAAUGAUCUACUGGGUCACCCCAAGACCAGAGCUUUUGUCACCCACGGUGGCACAAACGGCCUCUACGAGGCCAUCUACCACGGCGUUCCCAUGGUGGGAAUACCCAUGUUCGCCGACCAGCCACACAACAUGGUCCAUCUUGAGGCAAAGGGAGCUGCAGUCACCGUAAGCUUGAACUUCAUGAAGAAGGAUGACCUCAGAGAUGCAGUCAACCAGGUCAUCCAUGAAACAUCGUACAAGGAGAACGCCUUGCGGCUGUCCAGGAUCCACCACGACCGACCAAUGAGUCCUCGGGACGAGGCGGUGUUCUGGAUGGAGUUCACCAUGAGAAACAAAGGGGCCAAGCACCUGAGGGUGCAGGCACAUGAGCUCACCUGGUACCAGUACCACAGCCUGGAUGUCCUGGCCUUCGUCCUCGUCGUCAAUCUGGUCCUCGUGCUCCUCUUUGUCAAGACCUGCAGUUUGUGCUUCCGCAGGUGCUGUGGCAGAAAGGCAGCGACAAAGAGGAAGGCGGAGUAGCUGAACUUAGAUGCUGAGAGAAAAUUCACAUUGUUUGUGUUAUUGUUCUAAAUUUUUCUAUGUAACCAAUUUGAUUUUUAACAAGUUGUAAUAUGUUUGAAAAAUCUAAAGCAAGAAUGUUUAAAACGUCGAGUUGUCCUGUGAAACAAUGUUGCAGGUAUUUUACUUUGUUCU